CGUAACAGCCGGCUGUAUCUUUCUUAUCCAUCCUAAUGAAUGCCUGGGCAAUUUUUCACUUUCUCAGCGCGAGUUAAUUUUUACUGUCUCAGCAGUUACAAAUGAAAAGAACGCCUCGGCCUCUAAAACGAGAGCUAAUUCUCCUCUCAGGUCCUUACUGGAGCUCUGCGUUUGUUUAAUCUGCUUUCCUCUCAUUUUUCGGACCUCCCUGAAGUCCGAGGCCCUGCACCGGGGUCAAACGCGUUCCCUUUCUCCGCGUAACCGUUCAAGUAUCCCGCCUUCCCCGGACACAUGCCGUGCGUCACGGCAGUCCGCUCGUGUCCAAUCCUAUUGGCUAAAAUCCACGUCUCUCAUCGCUCUGGGAGCGGAAGAAGAAGGAAAGGGUCUCCGGCCGCGAGAAGAUGACAUCACAGUAGCCGGUUAGGCGCCGUCGGCUGUUCGGGGCCCUCUGCUCGCUGACUGGUGCUGACUGAAGACCCCUCCGUUGGCGACGCCGUCGCAAUGACCAUUUGUCAGUUCUUCCUUCAAGGCCGGUGCCGCUUCGGAGACCGGUGCUGGAACGAACAUCCCGGUGCCAGGGGUGCAGGCGGGGGACGGCAGCAGCCACAGCAACAGCCCUCAGGUAGUAACAGACGUGGAUGGAAUACCACCAGCCAGAGAUAUUCCAGUGUCAUUCAGCCAUCCAGUUUCUCCAAACCAACACCAUGGGGGGGCAGCAGAGAUCAAGAAAAGCCAUCUUUCAGCUCAUUUAAUUCUGGAGCUUCAGCUAGUAGGAAUAGGGGCUUUGGAUUGUCAGAGAACCCAUUUGCUUCACUUAGCUCUGAUGGGCAGAAAGAUGAAAAGAAACUUCUAGAAGGGAUUAUAAAAGAUAUGGAGGUUUGGGAAUCAUCAGGGCAGUGGAUGUUUUCUGUUUAUUCACCAAUGAAAACAAAACCUAAUAUUUCAGUCCCUAAGCCCUUUCUGGGCUAAAACCUAGACCACCAGGCUUUCCCAAGCUCACUCUGGGUGGUCCUGGGCCUCCAUCCUAUUGAUGGGUACCUAGCAAAUGGGAGCACUUGCAAUCACUGCCCCAGAACCCUGGGCUCUCUGUCCUGUCUUUGCUAUACCUGUUCAUUCUCUGUGAGCAUUUGUAUCACAGCACUCCUUUCUUACUUAUUCACUCAUCCAUUUAACAAACAUUUAUUGAAUUUCUUUUGUGCCAAGUGCCAGGGAUUUAGUGAUGAGCAAGACACAUAAAAUUUCUCCCUUAUGAAGCUGUUCUUGAGGGAGGGAGAUAAUAAGUAAUGCAAAUAAAUUAAGAUAAUUUCAGAUAGUGAUAUUUUCUAUAGAGAAAAUAAAGUGUUAAGCCUUUAGUCAGUUUA